CUCAAACUUCCUGUUGUAAACAAACCUGCACACGACGAAAUCUAGAUUUCUUCUGUAACAACAUGCAUAAGUCGGUCCAGAUUCUUCUAUUGUGUCAGCGAGCACUUGCAUCAAAAACGUUUGGGAUAAAUAUAAGCCCAAGGUUGUCAUCACUAAUAUCCAGAUAUAGAAGUACAGCAACAGCCACAGUAGAAGACAAUGUCACUACUGCUCAAACUGAAGUUAAGAAGAAAGCAGAAAUCAAACCUAAGGAGACCAAAUCCUUUGCAAUGAACUUAUUUCGAGGAAGGGUAAUGUCAGAUGAAGUUUUUCCAUACCCAGAAGUUUUAACAAAUGAACAAAAGGAAAUGCUGCAAGCUCUAAUAGACCCUACAGCCAAAUUUUUUGAAGAACAAAAUGAUGCUCUGAAAAAUGAUGCAUUAGAAAAAGUAGAGGACCAUGUUAUGGAAGGACUAAAGGCAUUAGGAGCAUUUGGUUUACAAGUCCCUGAAGAACUAGGUGGUGUAGGGUUAAGUAAUACACAGUAUGCCAGACUGGUAGAGAUUGUUGGCUCACAUGAUCUUGGAGUUGGGAUUACAUUAGGUGCACAUCAGUCCAUUGGAUUCAAAGGUAUAUUAUUAUUUGGUACCCCAGAACAAAAAGCUCAAUAUCUCCCAAGGCUUGCAAGUGGAGAACACAUGGCAGCCUAUUGUCUGACAGAACCUUCCAGUGGAUCUGAUGCUGCGUCAGCUAAAUGUAGGGCAGAACUGUCUCCAGAUGGAAAACAUUUUAUAUUGAAUGGUAGCAAACUUUGGAUCAGUAAUGGUGGUUUGGCAGAAAUUUUCACAGUGUUUGCUCAAACUCCAGUAAAAGACGAGAAAACAGGAGAGACCAAAGAUAAAUUGUCUGCUUUUAUUGUAGAACGAUCAUUUGGUGGUGUGUCAAAUGGUCCUCCAGAGAAGAAAAUGGGAAUAAAGGCCUCAAACACAGCAGAAGUAUAUUUUGAAGACUGUCCCAUUCCAGUAGAAAAUGUAUUGGGAGAGGUUGGAGGUGGAUUUAAGGUAGCUAUGAAUGUUCUAAAUAAUGGUAGAUUUGGUAUGGCAGCUGCUCUCUCAGGGACAAUGAAUUAUUGUAUUCAGAAAGCUAUUGAGCAUGCAUCACAGAGAACCCAGUUUAAGAAGAAGUUAUCAGACUUUGGUUCUAUUCAAGAGAAGAUUGCUAGAAUGGUUAUGGUUCAAUAUGUCACUGAGUCCAUGGCAUACAUGUUGUCAGCUAAUAUGGAUCAAGGAGCAACAGAAUUCCAGAUUGAAGCUGCCAUCAGUAAGGUGUAUGCUUCUGAAGCAGCCUGGUUUUGUGCAGAUGAAGCUGUACAGAUCCUUGGUGGAAUGGGUUAUAUGAGGGAUUGUGGAUUAGAGAGAGUUGUGAGAGAUUUGAGGAUUUUUAGAAUCUUUGAAGGAACCAAUGAAAUUCUUCGAUUGCUUGUGGCUUUGACAGGCAUGAAUCAUGCUGGAGAACAUUUACGACAACUACAGAAAGCUUUAGAAAAUCCUUUGGCAAAUGUUGGGACUUUGUUUGGUGCUGCUGGAACCAGGGCUAAAAGAAUGGCUGGUAUGAGUACAGGUCUUUCAUUAACGCAGUAUGUCCAUAAAGAUCUCACAACAUCAGCUGAUCAGACUGCUAAAGCCAUAGAAAAUUUUGGGUUUACAGUUGAAGACCUGUUAACGAAAUACAAAAAGAACAUUAUAAAUGAACAAUUUAUAUUGAACAGAGUUUCUGAUUCAGCUAUCGAUAUAUAUGCCAUGGUUUGUGUCUUGUCCAGAGCAUCAAGAUCAUUGUCCAAUGGUUUAGAAUCAGCCAAGCAUGAAAGUACUAUUUGUCACGUCUUUUGUGAUGAGGCUUCACAGAAAAUUGAGAAGAAUUUAAAACUUACACAUUCUGCUGGAUCAUUGAAGAAUUAUAAACAAUUAGCUCAGAUUUCUACAGAUGUUAUGGAAAAUAAUGGCACUAUACAGGAACAUCCUCUAGGAUUUUAAUGAAAGAGUAGCUAGGGAUUCCAAUGAACAAAUAACCUACUGGCAUUAUAAAACAUCCUAAAUAAUUAUUAGUAAAAAAACAGUGUUCUAAAAAAGUUAGGUCAGAAUGAUGUAUGCUUUGCUCUAUCAAUUGUUUAUGUUUGAAUUUUUAAAAUAAAGUAGAAAAUUAAAAAUAAAAUGUAUAUUUCUUCAUUCUUAUCAUGUAUAUUAAAAUUUAAUAAAUAUAUACAAAAUUAAAGAUAGAAAAUUGCUUUAUCAAUAAUUGAAUAUAGAUGGACAAUGUUUUUUGAACUAUUGUCACAUUUUUUCUUCUUGUUUAAUAUAAAUAAUAAUCAAUGUUUGUAAAAUGUGUUGAAAUGACCACAUGGCAUGUCAACACAUUUUUGGCACCUUUUUAAUUUAAGUUUUAUGUGAGGAUUGGAACUUUGAUGGGCAUCCACAAUGUUGUUUGUGAAAUAGAAGUUGGAAUACUGAAAGCUUAUUUUAAGGAAGAAAACCACUAAUUCAUAGUCCCUUGCUUUCUAUGUUAAAUUCUACAACUUCAAGCAUUCAUAGCUAUUUUGUCAAGUUCAAAUAAAGUGAUAGUCAUUUCAUGUCAAAAUUAUACCUUACCCUUCAUUGUGCUGAAAAAAUCAACAUCUCUUUAAUUACAUAUUAGAUUGCACUAGUUCCCAAAAGUUUGGUAGUGCAAAAACAAGUACUUUUGAUCUGAGCAACAGGGAAAAUAUGCCUUCCUAUCUGAAUUUCAUAUAUUUUUUAUUUUUCAAAAGAAACUUUAAACAACAGUUCUACAUUGAUCCCAAAUCCUUAAGCUUUCAUUUGAUACCAAAAAUAUCCAAAUAUUUUACUUAUUGACAAAGUUACAGCUAUGCAUAGGAACUAUUUUGUUUAAAAUAUGUACUAAUUUCUUGUAUGUUCUUUCAGACCGGGCCUAAUUAGUGGUUUUAUACCUAUAAGAGAGAGAUAUAAAGCAAGGGAGAAGAACAGAAUUAUUUUUACAAAGUUUAUAACACAAAUGUCUUCUGUACAAAUUGAUGGUUAUGAUUCAGAGUGUAACAUUCCUUCUUUACAUGUAACUAUAUCCAGAUUGUUAUCUGAUCUAAUUUUUCUUUAAAAGGAAUUUUCAGAAUAAAAAAAGGUUUAAAAAAAUUAGUUUUAAGGAGAAUAUUUGUCAAACCUAAAAUGGUGAUAAGGUUUUCAUCUAUGAUAAUCUUCAAAAAGUUGAAAAAACAUGAUAAAGUAUAUUUUAUAAUGACAUUUCAUCAAGUGGAAGUCAUGUACCUUCUAGAAUUGGAUCAUAAACCUGAUUUUAUCAUACAAAUGAGAUUGUGAGAGAAUAUGAUUAAUUUUCUUAUAACUAUGAAUUAUUUUUGUGAUUUGAUACCACUGUAAUGUUUAUGUAAUAUAUAUAUAUGCACCUGUGUCUUUCAAAAGGACAUUUUUUAUGCGUUUUUACAGAACUUUUGUAUAAUGUGUUAGAGUACUUUUAAAACUUGCAACAUAGUUAGUGGUAGUAAUUUUCUGAUAUCAUAUUAUUUCAUCUAAACAUUUUCACUUGUUUUUAGUUUUCAUUAUUAUAGAAAAUGACACAGUUAAACAAUAACGAACAAUAAUUAUAAAUUCAUGAUUGUCACACAAAAUGUAACUCCCUGAAUUGUAGUAAUCCUUAUUGGAAAUUAUACUGAUUUGCUGCAAUACAGAGCAAUGCUAAAAAGUAAAAAGAAAAAGAAUGUCUAACUUUUAUUUACAAACAUUUCCAUAUUUAUAAUUGAGUUUGAAUACAAGUAUGGUGGAAGUAAAAAGACCAUUAGUAAUUUAUAUUUUUAUAUAAACCAAAUAUUAUCUUAAGAUUAACAAGGAUAAAAAAAAACUGCUAAUCCCUCAAUCAUAGUUGCAGAUCUACUGCCCAUCAAGGGAAAUAACCUGCUUCAAAAAAUAAUUUUAGAUUAUAAUUCAUGUUUCAGUAAAUGAGUUUCUUGAAACGGCUAUGCAUGAAGUAAUAUGGCAGUUUACAAAUUGCUGUUUUUAAUUUGCUGAAACAAAAGCUAGAUAUAUUUCUGUGUUUAUUGAUUAAAAUUGUAUAAUGUAUGAAUCUCAGUAUGUAAAUAGAUAAAAUAUGAAAAAAAAUGCUGCAUUGGUGUUUUGUCUAUAUCUGUAGUUAAUAAGCAAUGCCUAUCAAUGCAAGUGUAAAUAUAAUUAUUUAAAUAUUGGGAAAAUGGUUUAUUUCUUAGUGUGUUUAAAUGUGAUAGAUAUAAAAAAAAAAUUGAUUCUCCUAUGGAUGUAGUAAGUAUUAUAUAUACUUAGCAAAAAUGUGUUUUUUUUUUAAAAGUUUUCUCAUCAAAGUAUAAAUAAAUCUAACAGAAAAUGUCAUCCUUAGUCAUAUUAGUACAACUGUAGUAAGGUUUAAAAUCUGCACUCAUUUUGUAUGUGACAAAUUAUUGUUUUAUUUGCUGGAGUUAGUUUAGUUAUAUGUUUUGUUUUGAUUAUACUGAAUUUUGAUUUACUUAAAAUGAACUCAGGACCAAUGAAUAAUCAUUUAGUUGUGCAAGAAAUGAAAUAUAAUUUACCUUAAAGGUAAUGAUUUCAAACAAACAUGUUACUUUUGUUCUAUCAUGAAUAAAAAAAAAUACCGGCCA